AUGUCAUUCUCAUCCUAUGAAGCCGUCAAGGAGAUUUACGGCUCCAAGGGCAGUGGCUACGACAAAUCCACAUUUUAUGAUCUCUUCACGGUAACUUUGUUCUCGACACUUGAUAAAACCACUCAUGCGAAGCGAAAGCGUCUCCUAGCCGACAGGUACGCAAACAGCAACGUUCUCAAGUCGGCCUCGCUCAACGGAAUUGAGAAUCGAGCACGAGAAUUUGCGAGACAGUGUGGCGAUUCGACUGGAAGCAGUGUUGAUGUCUACGUACGUUAUUCGCUGACUGCCUACCCUGUGAUUUUCGCUGACGUUGGCCAGAUCAAACUUCAUGCGUUUGCUUGCGAUGGUGUUACCCAUCAUCUGUUCCAGCCGUACGGUACUGAUUGUCUGGGGAAUCCUGGCGACCGAGAGAUGAUGGAUCAAGUCAAUGCCGAUGAUAGUCUUCGGAGCCGCCUCUUCAUGCUGUAUGCGCCAACUCUCUACAAGUAUUCGUCCAAGAUUCUGGACUGCUUCUUUGAGCCACGAGCCACGCCCCUGGCAGAUAACUUUGUCACAAAAAGAAGCAAACUGGACGACCCUGAAGAAUUUACUCUUUUAAGUCGUCUCCGAAGCAAGCUUGGUGACGAGUUGGCCGAAGGCGAUAUCGCUUCAGAAUGUCUUGAUCACAUGGUUGCCGGCAUCGACACCACAGGCGAUGUGCUGUGCUUCUUGAUCUGGGAGUUAUCCCAGCCUCGCUCAGCUCAUUUCCAGGAUGAGCUUCGAAGAGAACUCUUGGGAAACCCUGAUAUGGCAUUUGACAAACUCCCAGUUCUUGACUCGAUUGUACAAGAAGGCCUGCGUUGCUUUCCCGCCAUUCCCAUGUCGUUGCCACGCGUCGUUCCAAAAGACGGAAGGGUCAUCGACGAUCUAUUUGUCCCUGAAGAUACUAUCGUUAGUUGUCAGGCAUACUCGGUCCAGCGACACCAUGCGCAUGUGUUUCCAGAGCCUGAUCGAUUCAACCCUCACCGGUGGAUGUCUAAUGAAAACGAUGCAGAGAUGAGGCGCCAUAUCUUUGCCUUCUCUUAUGGUGGACGAGGCUGUAUCGGAAAACAUUUGGCCUAUGCCGAGAUGAAGCUUCUGCUGAGGGAGGUGUACUCCCAAUACCAAACAGUUCCUGAUCCUUCCAUGACUGAGGAGUCAAUGAGGUCACACGAUCAGAUCAUUUCCGCCAGGCCUUACGGUCAGAAGUGUUUGCUGCGCUUCGUGCCGGCUGCUGCAUAA